AUGACAAAAUUCUCAAAGACUAAUGAACCCAUUGCGGUGAUUGGCACUGCGUGUCGUUUUCCCGGCGGUUGUAACACACCUUCCAAGCUUUGGGAUCUGGUGUGCUCAUCCCGAGAUGUCCUGCAGAAGGUGCCGCCGGCUCGUUUUAAUGUGGACUCUUUCUACCACGCUGAUCCGACGCAUCAUGGUACUACCAAUGUUACGCAGAGUUACUUCCUAGAUGAGGAUGUUACAAAGUUUGAUAAUGGCUUCUUUGGCAUUCAGCCCAUGGAGGCUGAGGCUAUGGAUCCUCAGCAGAGAUUGUUGCUGGAGACCGUUUAUGACUCUGUUGUUGAUGCUGGUUUGGCGAUGGAGGACUUGAAAGGCUCAGAUACAUCAGUAUUUGUGGGACAAAUGUGUGACGACUGGGCUCAAAUGCUUGCCAAAGACUGGGACGACAUUCCCACCUACAUGGGCACUGGCGUUUCUCGCGCUGUCAUGUCCAAUCGUUUUGACUGGCACGGUCCCUCCAUGAGCAUCGACACAGCAUGCAGCUCAAGUCUGGUUGCAGUGCACGAAGCAGUCAGGACUCUGCGUAGCGGCGAGUCCAACGUUGCAGUUGCUGCAGGUGCAAAUCUCAUCUUGCUUCCCGGCAUGUACAUCUGCGAAAGCAAGCUGCGCAUGAUUUCUCCUACGGGUCGAAGUCGUAUGUGGGAUGCUAACGCUGAUGGGUAUGCUAGAGGUGAAGGAUUUGCCUCGGUUAUUUUGAAGACGCUUAGUCAGGCUCUCGCGGAUGGAGAUCCUAUUGAGUGCAUCAUCCGCGAGACUGGCGUGAACCAAGACGGCAAAACACCAGGUUUGACUGUACCUAGCAAUACUGCUCAAACAGCUCUCAUCCAUGAUGUCUACCAACGCGCUGGUCUAGACAUCACCAAGCCCUCAGAUCGUCCCCAGCUCUUCCAUGCCCACGGGACAGGUACCAAAGCCGGAGAUCCUAAAGAAGCUGAGGCCAUUUCCAAAGCAUUCUUCAGCGAAGACCAAUCUUAUGAUGAGAAACUCUACGUCGUUUCCAUCAAGACCCAGAUUGGUCACACGGAGGGCACGGCGGGCCUUGCAAGUCUGGUUGGGACCAUGAUGGCGAUGAAGAAUGCUACUGUGCCCCCGAACAUGCACUUUGAGACGCUCAACCCUGACAUUGAGCCAUUCUACAGCAAUCUUGAAGUUCCGACUACUGCAAAGGCCUGGCCUUCUGUACAUGGAAGUGUCAAACGUGCUAGUAUCAACAGCUUCGGCUUUGGUGGUACCAAUGCUCAUGCAAUCUUGGAGAGCUACGAGCCUGCUCUUCACAGCCAGGCAGUAGCGGCAACUGAAGUAGAGUCUCCUCGUCUGUACACACCACUUUUGUUCUCUACCAACAGCGAAAAGGCUCUCAGAGAAGCUCUCUCGUCAUAUUUGAGCUUCUUGGAAGAGCGAUAUGAGACAAACAUGUCCGAUCUAGCUUGGACCUUAUACAACCGACGCUCAACACUACCUUACAGGAGUAGCGUCGUUGUUCCAGGCGCUUCUGGAAAUCCUCAAGAGGCUGCCAGAAGUGCUAUUCUUGCUGAGAUUGAGCGUCUGACUGACUCGACGCACAAGCUCCACCGAUCCUCAAGUGUCGCUGCACCUAAGAUUCUUGGUGUCUUCAGCGGGCAGGGCGCUCAAUGGCCUCGCAUGGGCGCCAUACUUCUUGAGUCAUCUGCUUGGGCACGUGGUAAGAUCGCUGAGCUUGACGGCUUUCUUGCUGAGCUUCCCGCUCCAGACGCACCCAACUUCACACUAGAGUCGGAGUUACUCGCCUUCAAGGAGACUAGUCGCGUCGCCGAGGCCGCCAUCUCACAGCCCCUCUGCACUGCUGUUCAAGUCCUCCUCGUUGAUCUCAUCCGAGAAUUGGCAGGCAUCCAGCUCAGCGCUGUAGUCGGCCACUCUUCUGGUGAGAUCGCGGCAGCGUACGCCGCUGGCUUUAUGACCCGUCGCGCGGCAAUCGUAACAGCUUACUACCGCGGACGCUAUGCCAAACUCGCUGCUUCACCGUCUUCCAACGAGAUCAAGGGCGCUAUGGCAGCAGUUGGAACAGACGAAGCCGACGCACUUGAGUUUUGCGCCCUUGAAGACAACGCUGGUCGCAUCACCGUUGCAGCUGUCAAUGCUCCCUCUAGCGUCACUCUCUCUGGUGAUGAGGAUGCUAUUGAAGAGGCUAUCGCUGUCUUCCAAGACGAAGGCAAAUUUGCGAGACGACUUAAAGUUGAUACAGCGUAUCACUCUAGUCACAUGCAGGCGGCGGCCGGUCCGUAUCUUGAGGCUCUUCAGAGAAGCGGUGUCCGCUUCGAUGAAGACGUCGCUUCUGAGCAGCGCCCUCUGUGGUUCUCAAGUACUAAGGUUAACGCUGCGCCUAUGAAGCGUGAGAACUUGAGUCCUCAGUACUGGAUUGAUAAUAUGGUCAAGCCAGUCAUGUUCGCCCCAGCUCUUGAUUGCGCGCUGGGGCAUUCGGGACCUUUUGACAUGGCGCUAGAACUGGGACCCCAUCCUGCACUCAAGGGCCCUGCUCUCGAGAGUCUUGGAAGCGGUACACCAUACCAAGGUGUCCUUACCCGUGGUAAAGACGACAUUGAGAGUAUUGCGGAUUGCUUUGGUGCUGUCUGGCGCAAUCUGGGUCGCGGCCACGUCAACUUUGCUUCAAUUGACGCCACGCUCUCCGGUCGCUCAUCAACACCUACUGUGGUCAGAGACCUCCCUCCAUACCCUUUCUCAGCAGACUCUCAAGUCUUCUGGUCUGAGUCUCGUCUCUGUGCCGCCCUUCGUCAAAUGGAUGAGCCCGUCCAUCCUAUCCUAGGUCGCCGUAUGGUCGAGAACAGCGUCCCAGGAAUGACCCAAUGGCGUAACAUUCUUCGCGCCCGUGAGAUUCCCUGGCUCCGUGGUCAUCGUCUUCAGGGACAAGUCAUCUUCCCUGGCUGUGGAUACGCAGCUAUGGCUCUUGAAGCGGCGAUGAUACUGGUGCGAGAUCUCAAGGAUUCUCCGACCGUGAGAUUGUUGAGUCUUUAUGAUCUUACCAUGGAUCAGGCGAUUGUCUUCAACGAUGACAGUUCCAGCGUUGAAACACUUGUUACUAUGAAGACUGUUGAGAGCAGCCACGAUGAGCUGAUCGCUGACUUUGUUUGCUGCUCUUAUCACACUCACGGACUGGCACCAGCUGUUACGUCUACUCACGCUCAUGGUCGCGUCGUGGCUCGUCUUGGUGCUCCCUCAGCAGAUUCCAUUCCUGGCCAGGCCGCCCAAGACCCAUCUCGACAAUUCAACCUCGCUCCAAUUGAGAUCGACCGCUUCUACACUGAGCUGGCCAAGCACGGAUACCAGUACUCUCCUCCAUUCAAAGGCAUCGUCGAGAUUGAGCGCAAGUCCGACUUUGCGAUCGGAAAGAUCGUUGAUCAAUCUGGUCCUGAAUGGGAAGACCAAGUCGCUCUCGCUCAUCCUGGUCUCAUGGACUCUGGUGUACAGACUGUUCUUGCUGCUAUGGCUGCGCCUGGCGAUGGACGUCUGUGGUGCUUGCAGAUGCUGGUAGGCAUUGAUGCCAUUCACGUCAACCCUUAUUUCGCUUCAGCUGCUCGGGGCGCAACUAUGGCUUGGGAAGCGAGUACUACUCUCGGUGAGGAUGCGAAUUCGUUGGGUGAGGCUGUCGGUGAUAUGAAGAUGCUGUCGCCUGAUGGUCAGCAAGCGUACAUUGCCGUCGAAGGUGCCAGAAUGAGGCCAUUCACUCCUGCUACUGCUGCCAAUGACUCACCCAUCUUCUCUACAUGGGUCUAUGGCCCUUCUGAGCCCGAUGGUGUUCUCGCAUCGCGUGUCAACCGCCCUCAAGAAGUUGCUGAUGCAGAGAUUCGCUCAGCCGAUAACCUCGAUAGACUGUCAUUGUUCUACGUUCGACGUCUCACUGAGCUUAUCCCUGCCGGCUCGAAGGCUCGGGAGGAUGCCCAAGAGCCCUUCAAGCGUCUUCUCACUUGGUGCGACCACGUCAUCGGUCUUGUCAGCCGUGGGGAACAUCACUUCCUGACUCCAGAGAUGAUGAAUGACACGCAAACUGAAGUCGAUCGUCUUCUUGCUGAGUAUGCCAACUCUAAUGACUUCAGGCUCACGCACGCCGCUGCGAGAGCCCUUCUUGAAGUCGUCCCUGCGAAUGAGGGUAAUGUGCAUGAGUACCUUACCAAGGACAACAUGCUCAAUCGUUACUACGAGGAGACUCUUCGGUACGAGGCCAGUGAUCAGAAGAUGUACAACAUGAUGCGCCAACUUGCCCAUAUCUACCCUCAGAUGCGCGUCCUUGAAGUUGGUGCCGGUACUGGUGGUGCGACAUCCCACGCGUUGCCUGCUAUUGACGGUGCCUUCUCGGUGUACACCUUCACAGACAUUUCCACCGCGUUCUUCGACAAAGCAGAGGAGAAGUUCAAGGAUUACUCCGGUCGCAUUAACUUCAAAGCUCUUGAUAUGAACAACAGUAUCGAAGAACAAGGCUUUACCGAGUCAUCUUACCACGUCGUAAUGGCUGGUAUGGCUUUGCACGCGACCGGCGAUGUUGAGGGAGCUCUCCGCAACAUCCGUCGUCUUCUCAAGCCCGGCGGUCGUCUCAUCGGCUUCGAGAACAUCAACAACGACGCCGUGCGUUUGGGUAUCGGUAUGGGUGGUUUUGCCGCCUGGUGGUCUGGCGCUGAGUAUGGUCGCCCUUGGGGUCCCAUGUUGACGCUUGAGCAGUGGGACGAUGCUCUGAAGAGAACGGGCUUCACGGGUGUUGAUACGCAUACUGUUGGCCACAAUCAGACACAGCCUAUGUGUCUCUGGGUCUCGAUGGCGAGAGAUGAGAAGGUCGAUCUUCUGAGGGAACCACUCACUGUUGUGCCUGAGAAGCAGCAGAGCUUGGUGGUCGUCGGCGGAAAGUCUCUUGGUACGAUGGAUCUCGUUGAGAAGACCAAGUCUCUCGUCGCGCCAUUCUACCAGACGACAAACCACUUUAGAUCCAUUGAAGCUCUCAACGACAUCACUGAAGACCAAUUCCCCGAAGGCUCUUCAGUUCUCUGUCUCACAGAACUCGAUGAGCCUGUUCUCCGUACCGUCACAGACCCCAAGCUCGAUGGCCUCAAGAACCUCUGGGCACGAGGCCGCAACAUCCUAUGGGUCACCAAAGGCGCAGCUUCCGAACAGCCCUACAACAACAUGGUCGUCGGUCUCGCGCGAUCAAUUCGUCAAGAGUACCCUAGCAUCACUCUUCAGACGGUCGAUCUCGAUAACACGACCGUCGGCGAUGGAUCGUGGGUACCUCCUUUUGUCGCCAGUGCUCUGAGGCGCAUUGAACUUCUCGACAAGUGGAAGCGUGAGGAGAUUGCCCAUGGCACUGAUCUGAACGACAAGCUUCAAUGGACUCAAGAGUCUGAGGUGCGGGUUGUUGACAAGAAGACUUACAUGCCGCGAUUGAACGUCAACAAGGAAUUGAACCAUCGCUUCAACUCAAUUCGUCGUAUCAUCCAUGAGGAAGUUGAUCCCCAGUCCCCAAAGACCUCCUUCAGUCUCAAUGCCAGUGCCAAUUCACCAUUGUCAGCUCCUAUCAUUGGACAGAUCUCGCCUUUGCGUGUUCAACCGGAGACUGAUGAUACACUCCCAAGCUACCAGGUUCGCAUUCUUCAGUCACUUCUCCAGGCUUUGAGGAUUGGCACCUCGGGUUUCUUCCGUCUCUGUGUUGGCGAUGCUGAUGGUAAACGGUUACUCGCCUUGACACCCUCUGCUGAGACACCAGCGGCAACGCCUGAGGACCUCACCGUCGCACUCCCGGCUGGCGCUUCGGAGGAGCUAUCUUCCAUCGCUCUGUUGUCUACCGCGGCGCAUCUCGUCGCUGCUCAGAUUGCCGCGUUAGCCCCUCGGCAGAAGAGUAGUCACAUCGUCAUUCAUGAGGCGGAUCCUUUGGUGCGCACUGCAAUCAUGAACUUGUUCGAGUCGCAUCCCGCCCCAUCCUGGCGCGUCAGCUUCACAGGCUGCUUGAUUGAAGGUCAGCAGCCUGAGGAUCUUGCUGGUAAGACUACUUGGCUGGCGCCGGAAAUGUCAUCUCGCGCUAUCAGAAAGAUUCUUCCGUCUUUGACCAGUGCCUCGCUCUUGGUCGACUUCUCAGCGCCCAACAGUCCUUCUUCAGUUGUCGCGUCUGCCAUGACUGAGUGCCUUCCAUGGUACGCUCGCACAGAGAAGUCACUGAUCCGACGUCGCGUUGAAGUUCGACCUGGUGAUCUGGCAGAUGCGAAGGCUGCACUUCAAGCUGCUUGGAGCAAGGCGAGCAGCAUGGUUAUUGAAGCUCGCGAUCGUCAGACCAUCCUUCUUAACCACAUCGAGGGCUUCACGGAACCGACCGGACAAUCGCUUCACCUCGUUAAUUGGACCGCUCCAUCAGUGCCAGUGCGCGUCCAUCCUUUGGAUCACCACACCAACAUCUUCCGAUCCGACAAGACCUAUCUGCUUGUUGGUCUCUCGGGCGAAAUGGGCCAAUCGUGCUGCGAAUGGAUGGCCGCACAUGGAGCGCGAUACGUCGUGCUGACUAGUCGCUAUCCCAAGGUUGAUCAGCGAUUCGUCGACAACAUGGAGCAAGCUGGUGUCACUGUUGUUCCUCGCAAGCUUGACAUCACCAGCAAGGAGUCGCUUCAUCUGUGCUACCAGGCCAUUACUCGCACGUUGCCACCGAUCGCUGGUGUUGCUAAUGGUGCUAUGCUUUUGCAGGAUGUUCUUUUCAAGGACAUGGACGCCGCGAACCUCAACAAGGUCCUUGCGCCAAAGGUUAAUGGCAGUAUUUACCUGGACGAACUGUUUUCUGAUACUAAGCUGGACUUCUUCCUCAUGUUCAGUUCAGCAGCUAGUAUCGUUGGAUCUCGAGGUCAAGCCAAUUACGCCGCUGCUAACAUGUUCAUGGCAUCCCUCGUCAACAACCGUCGUAAGCGUGGCCUCGCUGCUUCCAUCAUCAACAUCAGUGCCCUCAUUGGUCUAGGCUACAUUGAGCGACAGAAGAUCUACGACGCGAGCUUCUUCAAGGACAUUGGUAUCGCCAAUACCUCUGCUCAAGGUCUUCACCAACUCAUUGCUGAAGCCAUUCUCGCCGGCCAACGAUUCGGUCCUGAUGAGGAUAUCGAGGGAGGUGAGAUCUCGCAGGGUAUCAUGCCUCAAUUCUCGGACGAUGAGCACAAGUCGUUCUUCAUUCAUGACUCCAAGUUCAGUAACAUGCUGAUUGAACGAAUCGAUGGCGAUGCAGAUGUUGAUGCUUCGGGUAACGCAGCUGCUGUAUCGCUCAGCCGUCAAUUGAAGCGUGUGACGAGCAAGGACCAGGCGUUAAGGGUCAUCACCGACGCUUUCACUCUUAAGCUGAAGAAGAUGCUGCGCAUUCCUGCAGAGACUGAUGUUCCCGAGUCGCUGGCUUUGGUUGAUCAAGGUGUUGAUUCGCUUGUCGCUGUCGACGUGCGAUCGUGGUUCUUGAAGGAACUUGAUACCGACAUGCCUGUUCUCAAGAUUCUGGGCGGUAACUCAAUUCUUGAUCUCGCAAGCGACGCGCUGGAGAGAAUCCCCAAGGCUCUUCUUGACCUGGACCGUGAUGAUGAUGAGGCUAGCAAUGAAGCACAGCCCAUGAGCGACAAGAAGCUCCCCGAGACUUCCACAUCAAGCUCCAGCUCAGACGUUGUAACUGGCGACUCCGACGCUGUCUCACAAAGCUCAGCGACAGACAUUUCCACAACCGCAAAGAGCACAGCGGGAGCUGACACGGCAAGCAUCCCCCCAUCUCUGAGCAACAUGAAGAAUAACAAUGGAUCGGACGACAGGCAUAAGCGACAGCUUGAAGACGAGGCAGCUAAAAAGCGCCGUGAGGAUGAAGAAGCUGCUAAGCAAGCGACGGCGAAGAGGCGGGAGGAGAUUGUGAAGAGUUCGAGUGAGAUUGUCGAUGAGAUGUCUCUUGUUCAAAGUCGUUUUUGGUUCCUUACUACGGCGUUGGAGGAUAAGACUACGUUUAAUGUUACGAUUUCGGCGCAUUUGAAGGGCAAGGUUGAUGUUGGGAAGUUGGAGAGGGCGUUGGAGGGUGUUGCGAGGAGGCAUGAGAUUUUACGAACGAGAUUCUUUUUUGGAGGCAAUUCCCUCGAGACCCCCAUGCAAGGCGUUCUCUCCAAGCCAACAGUCCACCUCACGUCUCGACAGAUUGCCAGUAAGGCUGAUGUUGACGAGGAGAUGGAAUGGCUUCACUCUCGCCCGUGGAAUCUCAAUGACUGGGAAACUAUCAAACUCUCACUCCUUUCCCAGUCCGACACGGAGCAUUGGCUAGUGUUGGCCUUCCAUCACAUCGCCUUCGACGGGUACAGCCUCGAGAUCUUCUGGCGCGACCUGGCACAAGCCUACAACGCCAAUGGAUCAAUUCCGACACUGCCUGAUGCGAAACAGUACCGAGCUUAUACUGCCAAGCAGCGACGACAGAACCUGUCUAAGCCAUUUGAGUGGAGGAAGGCGAUUGAGUAUUAUCGCAAGCUCAUCAUGCCUGAGCCCGAACCACUUCCUUUGCUGCCUUUUGCAAAAGUCAAUCAUAGGAAGUUACUGGAGAACUACAGCUGUUACAACGCAGAGAUUACUCUUGAACCCUCUGAAGCAGCGCGCAUCAGGAAGCUUGCCAAGGCCAAUCACUCAACCUCGUUCCACGUUUACGUCGCCGCACUUCAGACUCUGCUCUUUGGUCUGAUGCCCAACUCUGUGGAUCGCUUAUUCAUCGCUAUGGACGACACAAACAGGUUGGACAAAGACUUCAUGGAUACAAUCGGCCUCUUUGUCAAUACCCUCUUCCUCCGCUUCGAUCGCAACGAUUACAACAAACUCACUUUCUCAGAUGCCAUCAAAGCCGCACGCACAAAGACUUACAAAGCCCUUGAGCACUCCGUUCUUCCCCUGGACGUUCUCCUCAAAGAACUCUGCAUCACCCGCCACGGCGACGCUGUACCCGUUGCGCAAGUCCUGAUUGACUACCGUGUUUCGCAUAAAGAGUGGUUCAGACUCGGUGAUUGCAGAGCUGAAAUGGGCACUGGUCGAGCAGAGCGCCAAGGUAGCGAUCUUGCGUUUUAUAUCCUUGAUGACUCUGAUGAGAAGAACGGUGGGAGUGUUCGCGUUGGUGUUGAGGUCCAAUCGUCGUUGUAUGAUGGGGAGCAUGCUGAGAUGCUUAUCCGGGCGUAUACCAAUGUUUUGAGAAAGGUUACAGAGGAUGAGGCUGGUGCGAAGAUGGCCCUCAAGUCACUUCCUCCUUGGAAUGAGGAUGAUUUGUCUAUUUCUCUUGGUCCUACGAUUGAUGCUUGGCCGAACGCCGACACGCUCUCGCAUCGCGUUGAAGACAUAAUUCGAGAGAACCCGUCUGCGCCCGCGCUUGACGAUGAGACAAGUCAAUUGACAUACGAACAAAUGGGUCGUCGUAUCGAUGAGAUCGCCAGUGCUUUGACCACUGCCAAUCUGAAGGAGGAUGACUUUAUCGGCGUUUUUCAAGAAACCGGUGUCGACUGGAUCUGCUCCAUGCUUGCGAUCCUCAAGCUCGGAAUGACCUACGUGCCCUUGUAUCCUCCCAUCGGAAUGCCGCGACUGGCAGCCAAUGUCCAGGUCGCUCAGCCACAAGCAGUUCUCGUUGACGACUCUACCGCCGACAAGUUUGAUCAACUAGGAACGCAAUCUGCUCAGAUGAUCCACGUUCCCGCCGCAGGAUCUUCUCCAGCUGGUGUGCCUAUUCGAGCGCAGCCUGGUCACAAAGCCAUGAUCCUCUGUACGAGCGGCUCAACAGGUAUUCCCAAAGCUGUCGUCCACACAAAUCGAAGUCUCAAGGCUCUCGUUGAACCGCACGCCAUUGUCCAAGAACAAGACAAACCCAGCUACGCCACUCGAGUCCUUCAACAGAGCGCUUUCAGCUUCGACCUCUCGAUUGAUCAGACCAUGCUCGCGCUCUGCAACGGCGGUUGCGUCUUUGUCGUUCCCAACUCGAAGCGCGGCGAUCCUCUUCGUACAGUCGACAUGAUUGCCCGACACAACAUUACGUAUACCAUGUGCACGCCGUCUGAGUAUAGCAUCUGGCACCGCUUUGCUCGUGACCGUCUUCUUGACUGCACAGCUUGGGAGAAUGCUUCCUCGUCGGGCGGGCCUCUGUCAACUGCGCUUGUUCGUGCGUUUGCUGGCCUUGAGCUACCCCAUCUCAGAGUCUUCAAUCACUGUGGUCCGACAGAGACAACUGUUACUAACAGGAUUGAGCUCGACUUUGAUGACUAUGCUGAGGGUGAGAAGGCGCAGAUGCGAUACGUCACUGAUGUUGGCUUCCCUUGUGCCAAUUACUCUACUUACAUCGUCGACGAGAACAUGAAGCUCGUUCCACGUGGUUAUCCUGGUGAGAUCGUCGUUGGCGGCGCUGGUGUCGCAGAUGGCUAUCUCGGACGUCCGGAUCUUACCAAGGAGAAGUUCAUUCCUGAUCCAUGGACUUCGUCAAAGGAGUGGAAGACAAUGUAUCGCACCGGCGACCGUGGUAAACUUCGUGCGAACGGUAUGGUUGACAUUUUGGGUCGCAUUGAGGGCGGUACCCAGGUCAAGCUGCGAGGCUACCGUAUUGAGUUGGGCGACGUUGAGAGUGCCAUCUUGAGCGCAGCCCAGGGCGUUCUUUCGGAUGCUGUUGUGACUCUACGAUACCCUGAGGAUCGCCAUGAGGAUCACGAUGACGAUGGCUUCCUCGUCGCGCAUGUCGUUGUCGCUGACAAGAGUCUUCGUCGUCCUGAAGUAGAGUCCUUCUUGCGGAAGAUCAUCUCGAAGCUCCCUCUGCCUCACUACAUGCUUCCAGCCCUGAUGCUACCAAUUGAUCGCUUCCCACUGACAGCGCAUCAGAAGCCUGAUCGCAACGCAAUCGCAGCACUUCCUUUGCCCGCGUUCACCCCAGCCUCGACCAGUGACGCAAAUGUUGAAGAAGGUAGUCUUGAGUCGGAGACACAGAAGAAGAUCGCCAAGAUGUGGAGGACUCUGGUUCCAGCGAGUGCCUCUGCUACCUUUACAGCAGACACUGACUUCUUCCACGUCGGCGGAAGUUCAUUGCUUCUGAUCAAGCUCCAGGGCAUGAUCAGGAAGGAGUUCAAUGUGUCGCUCAGGCUUUUGAACUUGAUGGCUGCUAGUAAGCUUCGUGAGAUGGCUGCGCUGGUGAACGAUGAGGUCAGUGGUGGUGAUAUCGAUUGGGAGCGGGAGACCAAGAUUCCCGAUGAAUGGUUGAGCUUGCCUCAAGUCGCGUCACAGAAGACGGAUGGACCUGUUCGUGUUCUUGUCACCGGCGCGAGUGGGUUCUUGGGGAGGAACUUGAUGUCUCAUCUUGCCGAGUCGCCCCAAGUGUCCGAGAUACACUGCCUCAUCCGCGACGCGUCAAUCACGGAGACCAGCGACAAAGUAGCUCUCUGGCGCGGAGAUCUCAGUCAGCCGAACCUCGGUCUAUCCGACACUGACUUCACGCGUCUCAGCAACAGUGUCGACGCGAUCAUCCACUGCGGCGCCAAUCGCUCGUUCUGGGAUGACUACCGUUCGCUACGCGCCGUCAACGUUACCAGCGUCGCGGAACUCAUCCGCCUUGCGCUGCCUCGUCGCCUGCCUAUUCACGUGUUGUCCAGUGGAGCUGUCAAACGGUAUGGAGAUGGACAUCCACCUGUUGAUGGCAACGAUGGAUACGUCGCGUCAAAGUGGGCUGCUGAAGGAUUGUUGCGUGAUACUGCGAAGCGAGCUGGGUUGCCUGUGUUUAUUCACCGCCCAGCACCGGUAUUGGGUGAUGCAGAGGCUGGCGAUGAGGAUACCAUCACGUCAGAUGGGCUUCUUCGCCUCGCGAAAGCCAUUUCACUGCGUCCCGAUCCAACAGGUCUGAAUGGUACAGGUCAUUUCACGCCAAUUGAUCAGAUCUCCAAUCGCAUCAUCGACGCUCUUCUCCAGUCUUCCACUCAAUCGCAAGACAAGGUUCAGGUUAUUGAACACGCGGGUACGAAGACAUUGAGCAUGGGCGAAUUCGCGAACCUUUGCGAGCAAUUGCCAGAGUUAAAGGAACUCCCCACUGCAAACGUGCUUCAAUGGUUCGGUAAAGCGAAGAAGCAGGGUUUGAAGCAAUUUUUGACGGCGCUGGAGGUGGAGUUUAGUGAUGACAAGGGUGAUACUGCCGUGAUGAGUAGAUGA